AACAAAAAUCGGAUAUUCAGGACACUCCUACUCUUGUCUUCUUCCCCUCAGUCCUUUCCUUCGACCAAUCGAAACGUUCCUCCGCGGGUCAAACCGGGCGGCAUCAAACUCCCUGUUUCCCGUCGACAGGAAAUGCUGCCUUACGGCACCAUCAAAGACGCCGAGGCCGCCCUCGGCCGGAACCUCACGUUCGCGGAGUCCCUCUGGUUCCAUUACUCCGCCGACAAGUCCGACUACUUCCUCUACUGCCACAACAUCCUCUUCCUUUUCCUAGCCUUCUCCCUCGUCCCUAUCCCCUUCAUCUGCAUGGAGCUCCGGCGUUCCGACACCUUCGACAGGUACAAGAUCCAGCCCAAGGUCAGGCUCACCCUCUCUGAGGUGGUCAAGUGCUACAAGGACGUCCUCCGGAUGUUCUUCCUCGUCGUGGGUCCCUUGCAGCUCGUGUCCUAUCCUUCCAUCAAGAUGAUUCAAAUUCGCAUGGGAUUGCCGUUACCAUCCGGGUGGGAGAUCAUGUCUCAGUUGUUGGUUUACUUCUUGAUAGAGGACUACACUAAUUACUGGAUCCACCGGUUCUUGCACUCCAAGUGGGCGUACGAGAAGAUCCACCACAUCCACCACGAGUUCACAGCCCCAAUCGGGUUCGCGGCUCCUUAUGCCCACUGGGCGGAAAUCUUGGUGCUUGGGAUCCCAUCCUUUCUCGGGCCUGCCCUCGUUCCGGGCCACAUGAUCACCUUUUGGCUGUGGGUAGCUCUGAGGCAGGUUGAGGCCAUUGAGACCCACUGUGGGUACAACUUGCCUUGGUCUCCCACGAAGUAUAUACCGUUCUAUGGCGGGGCCGAGUACCAUGAUUACCAUCACUAUGUUGGAGAACAAAGUCAUAGCAAUUUUGCUUCGGUCUUCACUUACUGUGACUAUAUCUAUGGAACCGACAAGGGUUAUCAGUACCACAAGAAGCUCCUCAGCAAGUUGAAGGAAGAGUCGAGAAGGGGCGGCGAUCAGAAUGGAGAACAGUUCAGUUAUUCUGACCAGGAUCGCAAGUGCGAUUAGCUGCACUAUGGAAGCUCCGGUUCUGUUUUGAUUAUAUCCGUCGCUGGCCUAGCAUGGAGAUUUAAGUAGAACGUGCUAGCAGUUUAGGUAACUUUUGAGUGUCUGUGGGAGUAUGAUUGUGCGUAGGGCAAGUAGGGGAUUCGAUCGAUAAGUUGUUCGGAUCAGUGUACUGAAUAUAACUGUAAACUUCUUGUUCCUCAAAGUAUUGUACUGUCAUUAGAUAAAUAUGAAUUCAGAUCAUGGCUCGUAUUUAAGAAUA